AUGCUUCUUACAGUGUUUCUUGCACUUUUUCUUCCCUGUGUUGGUAUGAGCGUUGUUUUUCUUGUCUACAUCUGUUUAGUUUGGUAUGCAGCAACUUACCACCACUCUAGUACCCAUCAAGAUCAACCUGUGAAGCCCACAAAAGAAAAUGGUCUUUCAGCUGAACAACUGGAUAAACUCCCCAAAAUCACAGGCAAAGACUUAGUUUUAAGCAAUGAUUGUGCAGUAUGUUUGGAGAAUAUUGAAAGUGAACAAUUUGUGAGAUUGGUUCCUGGUUGUAAUCAUGGAUUCCACCUUGAAUGUGCUGAUAUGUGGCUUUUAAAACACCCCUUUUGCCCUGUUUGCAGAAGCAAACUUAAGUUAGAGCUUUUCAAUGAUUCUGAAUGCAACCCCUGCUGA